UUUCUCGUGACGGCUGUCCCGCCCCCCACCACUCUCCAGAACUGUAGCUCCCACGUUAGGAGGGCGGUCGUCACCUGCUUCUCCGCCGGCUGCUGCGGGCGCCAUGGCAACCGCCCCGUCCGCUACUGCAAGCGUUGCCAUGUCAACCAUCACAGCAGCGAGGUGGGGGCCGCUGCGGAGACGCACCUCUACCAGACCUCCCCACCCCCCAUCAACACGCGGGAGUGUGGGGCUGAGGAACUCGUGUGCACCGUGGAGGCCGUCGUCAGCCUGCUGAAGGAAGCUGAGAUCCAUGCAGAGAUGCGAGAACACGAGAUGAACCGCCGCCGGCAGAUGGGCCUGUCUGCCUCGCACCACUCCCUGGACAAUAUCGACUUCGACAACAAGGAAGAUGACCAGCAUGACCAAAGGCUGCUCAGCCAGUUCGGGAUCUGGUUCCUGGUCAGCCUGUGCACGCCCAGUGAAAACACGCCCACGGAGAGCCUGGCGCGGCUGGUCAGCAUGGUCUUCCAGUGGUUCCACUCCACCGCCUACAUGAUGGACGACGAAGUGGGCAGCCUGGUAGAGAAGCUUAAGCCGCAGUUCGUCACAAAGUGGCUGAAGACCGUGUGCGAUGUGCGCUUCGACGUCAUGGUCAUGUGUCUGCUGCCCAAACCGGUGGAGUUUGCCCGGGUCGGUGGUUACUGGGACAAGUCGUGUAGCACGGUGACCCAGCUGAAGGAGGGCCUGAACCGCAUCCUCUGUCUGAUCCCGUACAACGUCAUCAGCCAGCCCCUGUGGGAGUGCUUCAUGCCCGAGUGGCUGGAGGCCAUCCGCACUGAGGUACCCGACCAGCAGCUGAAGGAGUUCCGCGAGGUGCUCAGCAAAAUGUUUGACGUGGAGCUCUGCCCCCUACCCUUCUCCAUGGAGGAGAUGUUCGGCUUCAUCAGUUGCCGCUUCUCGGGGUACCCGGCCUCUGUGCAGGAGCAGGCUCUGCUCUGGCUGCAUGUGCUGUCGGAGCUGGACAUCGUGGUUCCCCUCCAGCUGCUGAUCUCCAUGUUCUCCGACGGCGUCAAUUCCGUGAAAGAGCUGGCCAAUCAGAGGAAGGCACGGGUGGUGGACCUGUCGGGCAAUGCUGGGGUGCGAAGGGUGAGCGUGGUGUCGGACCCGGGCCGCCGUGGCCAGCACAAGACGCUGAGCCCAUUUCCCAGCCCGUUCCGGAGCCCGUUCCGGAGCCCACUGCGCUGCAGCCCUUUCAGGAACCUGGGUCAUGCCACUGGACACUGCGCCCUGGACCUGGACUGCGAGGAUGACGACAUGAAUCUGGGCUGUUUCAUCCUCAUGUUCGACCUUCUCCUCAAACAGAUGGAGCUGCAGGACGACGGCAUCACGUUGGGCCUGGAAAGCAACCUGGGCAAGGACAUCGUGGGCAUCAUCAACAACGUGUUCCAGGCCCCGUGGGGCGGCUCUCACACGUGCCAGAAGGAUGAGAAGGCGCUGGAGUGCAGUCUGUGCCAGUCCAGCAUCCUGUGCUAUCAGCUCGGCUGUGAAUUGUUGGAGAGGUUGGCUCCCCGGGAGGAGAUCCGCCUAGUGGAGGCUACUGAAAGCCUGGAAGACAGCCUGAUCUUCCCCCGGCCUGAGUUUAGCAUUGGCACGGAGCAAGGCAUGGAGGACAGCGACAACGCUGACAGCAGACAGGCAGAUAAUCCGGGCAACCAGGAGCUCUCGCCCAAAAAUCCCCCCAUGAAGAACAACACAGAUAAGAAGUUUUCCUACCAGCACCUUCCCGUGUCUUUGAAGCUGAUUUACACAAUACUGCAGGAAAUGGGUAAGUUUGAGGAGCCGGACAUCCUGUUCAACAUGCUCAACUGCCUGAAGAUCCUCUGCCUGCAUGGAGAGUGUCUAUACCUCGCCCGCAAGGACCAUCCCCAGUUCCUGGCCUACGUCCAGGAGAAGUUGCUCAUCCCCUGUUUGUGGCGGAUGCUGAAGGCCGAGUUCUGCCAGCUGGCCUCCUUGGCUGUGCCUCAGCUCCUGCACGCCCUCUCGCUGCCCCACGGCGCCGACAUCUUCUGGAACAUCGUAGACAACAGCUUCAACAGCAAGCAGUGGAAGACACGCUUCGAAGCAGUGGAGAGGGUGGCGGUGCUCUGCCGCUUCCUGGACAUCUCCUCGGUCACCAAGAACCACCGGCUGAAGUACUCCCUGGCCCACGCCUUCUGCUGCUUCCUGGCCGCCGUGGAGGAUGUCAACCCGGCCGUGGCCACCCGAGCAAGGCUGCUGCUGGACAGCAUCAGGAGGCCAGCGCUGCAGGGCCUGUGUUUGUGCCUGGACUUCCAGUUUGACACGGUGGUCAGGGACCGGCCCAUAAUCCUCAGCAAGCUGCUGCUGCUGCACAUCCUGAAGCAGGACAUCCCUGCCCUCAGCUGGGAGUUCUUCGUGAACCGCUUCGAGACGCUCUCCCUGGAGGCCCAGCUGCACCUGGACUGCAACAAAGAGUUCCCCUUUCCCACCAACAUCACUGCAGUGCGGACCAACGUGGCCAACCUCAGCGACGCUGCCAUGUGGAAGAUCCGCCGGGCACGCUUUGCCCGCAACCAGCAGAAGAGCGUGCGCUCUCUGCGGGACAGCGUCAAGGGCGAGUCCGAGUCCAAGCGGGCCUUCUCCCUGCCCGAGACGCUGUCUAGCCGCCUGCCUCUAAGGCUUACGAGGCAAGAGCAGUCUGCCCCCUCACUGGGAGAUAUGAUAGAGACAGUCCUGCCAGGCCAAAGUGCCCCGGAUGACGACACCAUCAUCAAGGACGUGAUGCCCGAGGACGCCGGCAUCGACCACCAGACCGUGCACCAGCUGAUCGCCGUCCUGAUGAAGUUCAUGACUAAGGACCACAGCAGUGCGGAGGCGGACAUCGGCAGUGCCAAGGCCUUCAACACGGUCAAGCGACACCUCUACGUGCUGCUGGGCUACGACCAGCAGGAGGGCUGCUUCAUGGUGGCCCCACAGAAGAUGCGUACCUCUACCUGCUUCAACGCCUUCCUCGCCGGCAUCGCCCAGGUGAUGGACUACAACAUCGGACUGGGGAAGCAGCUGCUCCCCCUGGUGGUGCAGGUGCUGAAGUACUGCACGUGUCCCCAGCUGCGCCAUUACUUCCAGCAGCCACCGCGGUGCUCGCUGUGGGUGCUGCAGCCUCACCUUCGCCAGAUGUGGUUAAAGGCUCUGCUGGUGGUCCUCUACAAGUACCCCUAUAGGGACAUGGAUGUCAGCAAGGUGGUGCUGCACUUGAUCCACAUCACCAUCAAUACGCUGAACGCUCAGUACCACAGCUGCAGGCCCCACGCCACGGCCGGGCCCCUCUACAGCGACACCUCCAACAUCAGCCGCUACAGCGAAAAGGAGAAAGAGGAGGACAGCGUUUUUGACGAGUCUGACAUUCAUGACACGCCGACGGGGGCUGGCAACAAGGAGUCGCAGACCUUCUUUGCCCGGUUGAAGCGCAUCGGCGGUAGCAAGUCGGUGAAGUACCAGCCAGUGGAGCUCAACGCCCAGAAAAGUGACAUGGAGCUGUCAGAGUACCGGGAAGCAGGCCCCCUGCAGGACAACUUGCUGCGCUGUGUGCGUCAGGAGAGCACCAAGAAGAAGCGUCUGCAGGCCAUGCACAAGCAGAAGUCUCUGGACAUCAGCAACACUGACUCCAUCCUGUACAACCUGGACGAGCACCGGCGCAAGUCCUGCAUUGACCGCUGCGACCUGCAGGGGCUGCCUGCACCCGCUGGCCACCCCCGACGCGGCGAGCCACAGGGCAAGGGCUCCUCUGACAGCUCUGCAAGCCGCGCUGAGGGCCCCAACGCCCAGGACCGCAGCGGAUCCCGGGAAGUGGCCGCCGACGGCCGCAGGCCUGUCAUCCCCGAGGUGCGGCUAAGCUGCAUGGAGACCUUCGAGGACAAGCAAGGCUCCACAGAAAAGGAGGACCCCGCAGAAAAGGAGGACCCCGACCUUAUCGACCUCUCCUCCGACUGCACCUCCAUCCCAGAGAAGCACUCCAUUCUCUCCAUGUCCGACAGCGACUCCCUGGUCUUCGAGCCGCUGCCGCCACUGCGGAUUGUGGAGAGCGACGAGGAGUUUGAAAUGCUGGGCAGUCAGGGACCCAAGCCCAACGGAAGGCCGGCCGUGCCCGCUGUGACUGGGACGACCCUGCGGCCGGCGCCGGUGGUGCAGGUGAGUGUGGAGGACUGCUCAGUGGUGGGCCAGGACCCAGGCCCUACAGGUAGCCCCUUGCAGCUGCCCCAAGCGGGCCGGCUGACGCCCUCUGGUUCCGGGGAUCUCCCGGACCCCAAGGGACUCGCCAGCCCCGAACGGCAUAAGGACCCCUCGCAGGAGAGCCCACUGACCCUCAAGCAGAAGCGGGACCUGCUGCGGAAGACGCCAGCCGUGCCCGAGAUGUCCCUGGAUGACAUCACCGCACAGGCCGAGGACCCAAAGGUCCCCGGUAUCAGUCCUUCCGGCAGGGCUGUCUUCCUGAACCUUCCGGAAGAUGGCGGGCGCUCCCCAAGUCCAACCGAAGCAGGGGAUGCCACAAUCCCCGGCAGCGAUAACGAGGACCCUGAUGACGACCUCGGGGAUGAGGGCGACAGUGAUCCCAAGCCCGAGGAUGAUGGCGAGGGUGCGGAAUUCAAGAUUCAGAUCGUGCCCCGACAGCGCAAGCAGAGGAAGAUCGCUGUGAGCGCCAUCCAGAGGGAGUACCUGGACAUCUCCUUCAACACCUUCGACAAGCUGGGAGACACACCAGCUGAGACAGAUAAUGCAGCUCUGGCCACUCUGGAAAAGCCGCGGGGGUCUGCCUCGGCACCCGCUCUGGAGGCUGCCGUCCCAGACACAAACAGCCGCCCGUCGAUAGCAACCCAGUACCGACAGGCCAAGCGCGGCUCCCUGGGUGCCCUCACCAUGAGCCAACUGAUGAAGAGGCAGCUGGAGCACCAGUCCAGUGCCCCUCACAACAUCAGCACCUGGGAUACGGGAGCCACAAAAACCAGCCUCCUUUCGGCUCCCAGCACGGUCAGCAUGUUCGUUCCCGCCCCGGAAGAAUUCACCGACGAGCAGCCGACCACCAUGUCUGACCGGUGCCGUGACUGCGGAGCCGUGCUGGAGGAGUACGACGAGGAGACUCUGGGCCUGGCGGUGGUGGUUCUCUCCAUGUUCAUCCACCUGAGUCCCGACCUGGCUGCCCCACUUCUGCUCGACAUCCUGCAGUCCGUGGGCAGGCUGGCAUCAAGCACGAAUUUCUCCGGCCAAGCUGAGAGCAUGCUGAUCCCGGGAAAUGCACCGGGCGUGGCCAAGCAGUUUCUACGCUGCGUAUUCCAUCAGCUGGCGCCCAAUGGAAUCCUCCCGCAGCUCUUCCAAUCCAGCAUCAAAGAUGGCAGCUUCCUCAGAACUCUGGCUUCAUCCCUGAUCGACUUUAAUGAACUCAGCUCUGUGGCAGCUCUGAACCAACUGCUUGAGGGUCUGAACAACAAGAAGAGUUUGCCAGCAGGCAGUGCCAUGCUGCACUGCCUCGACAACAUCGCCACCUUCAUGGAAGCUCUGCCCAUGGACUCCCCCAGUAACCUGUGGACCACCAUCUGCAACCAGUUCCAAACUUUCCUGACCAAGCUGCCGUCCGUCUUGCCACUGAAGUGUCCGCUGGAUUCCAGCCUACGAAUCAUUAUUUGCCUGCUGAAGAUUCCAGCUGUAAGUGCUGCGCGGAGCUUGCUGGAGCCCUUCUCCAAGCUGCUAAGCUUCGUGAUCCAGUACGGGGUCUUCAGCCUCUCCUACCUGAUGGAACUGUGCAGCCUGUGCUACCGAGCCUUCAGCAAGGAGAGAGAUAAGUUCUACAUGUCACGUGUCGUGGUCCUGGAGCUUCUGCAGGCUCUGAAGUUCAAGUCUCCUCUUCCAGACACCAACCUGCUACUGCUGGUCCAGUUCGUCUGUGCAGACGCUGGGACGAGGCUGGCGGAAUCCACCAUCCUACAGAAGCACAUGAUCUCAUCACUUCCUCCGGGCACCACUGCAGCCAUGGAGUGCAUGAGGCAGUACACCAGCGAGGUGCUGGACUUCAUCGCAGACAUGCACACGCUCACCAAGCUCAAGAGCCACAUGAAGGCCUGCUGCCAGCCGCUCCACGAGGACACCUUCGGUGGGAACCUCAAGGUGGGCCUGUCGCAGGUGGUCGCCAUGGAGAUCAGCAAGGGAAAUCACCGUGACAACAAGGCGGUGACGCGAUACCUGCCCUGGCUCUAUCACCCUCCGUCUGCCAUGCAGCAGGGGCCAAAGGAGUUCAUCGAGUGUGUGUCUCACAUCCGUCAGCUGUCAUGGCUGCUCCUGGGGUCACUCACCCACAGUGCCUUGCACCAGGGCUCCAUUUCCUGUAUGCCCAUCCCUCUGGACGCCGGCUCUCAAAUCGCCGACCAUCUCAUCGUCAUACUGAUCGGCUUUCCAGAACAGUCCAAGACCUCGGUUCUCCACAUGUGCUCCCUCUUCCACGCCUUCAUGUUCGCCCAACUCUGGACCAUCUAUUGCGAGCAGGCGGCCGCCCCGCCCGCCCUGCAGAACCAGAACCAGAACGAGUUCUCUUCCAGCGCCAUCCUCACUGGCAUGGAGUUCUGGAGCCGCGUCACGCCCAGCAUCCUGCAGCUCAUGGCCCACAACAAAGUGAUGGUGGAGAUGGUCUGCUUGCAUGUCAUCAGUCUCAUGGAAGCUCUGCAGGAGUGCAACUCCACCAUCUUCGUGAAGCUGAUUCCCAUGUGGCUGCCUUUAAUCCAGUCCAGCUUAAAGCACCUGUCGGCCGGGCUGCAGCUGCGGCUGCAAGCCAUCCAGAACCGCGUGAACCACCAAGUCCUGCAGGGGCUGCCGGGCUGCGGCCAGCCGUCGCCACCGCCCUCCGCCCUGCGCAAGUGGCUGCAGUGCACGCAGUUCAAGAUGGCGCAGGUGGAGAUCCAGUCGUCGGAGGCAGCCUCACAGUUCUACCCCAUGUGAGGAGAGGCCCGUCCCCGGUCCAUGCCCUUGCUGCUCCACGACACCUGUCCACGUCCACAGCCUCAGAGUCAAAGCAAUAGAGCAGUGGCAGACCUGUCACGGGGACAAGGCAUUAGCCAGAGGGUCUUGCUGUUGUACCCUUGAGCAAGGUGCUGACCCCACACCACUCCAACCGAGGGGCGACUUACAUGCAAGUUACUCUGGGAAACUGCAUCGACAAAGCAAUCAAACAUCAGAGGAACCGAAUCCUCAGAAUGGCCUUGUGGGGGAGAGCAGGGGCUGAUGGGAAAUAUCAGCCGGCAGUGAGGAGGGGGUGUCCCUUAGCAUUGACGCUUAGAGGUGAGGCCUGUUCAAAAGCUAAGCUGACACAACCGUGCAGUCAGCAUGGAAUCUGGCCUCCACACUUCUCCUCUGCAGAAAUAUCUGCCACGGCUGGGGGGUCAGGGGGUGGGAUGGCUCCCAGAUGCCCUCUGGGAGAAGGUGAGAGGACCACAGGAGCAGUCCAGAUGGAGUAGACCUAGGAUGUCUCGCUUGGACUCGCUGCCUGUGCCCCAGACCUCGUGUCCAUCGCUCAGUGACACCAUGUUUACUUCCUGUUGCCCUCGCCGUUUGUGGUCAAAUAACAGAAUUAAAUAAAAAAUAGUUUUUUUCCAA